AUUGCGACUAGCCACCAGGGCCCAACGAAAGUCAUGUGGGACGUGCAGUCAUGCAAUGUGCGUUGUGCGAGCGAACACUCUGCCGGAAAUAUUCACUGCCGUUUUUCCUUCCAAGCCAGUCGAGUCAGACAACGCUGGCGUUAUCCGAGAUGUAGCAGGAGCGAGGGUGGAUGCACAUGCACAUGCAUCUCCCCUAUUGAGUGACGCGGGGGUUGGUACGACCUACCGUAGUUUGCGACCUCAUGCUGCCAGUCGUCCAAGCCUUCCGCGGUGCUGCCUUGCUGCCGUGUAGCACUGCUACCGCGUUACCGUGUUACCCUGUUACCGCGCCUGUUGGCAGCGCAAUGAUGGCCGCGUCGCGCAAGUUCGCGGUGCGACUAGCAGCGGCGCUCUUCCUGGUCCUCGCGCGCUACGGCUACGGCGCGUCGGCUCGACUAGACGCCGCUCAGAGUAAGCAAGCCUCGGUAUAAGCCUCCUCGAGAUUAGGGCUUUCACCGAUUUCGCCGUGCAAGCCACCUCUUCCGGCACAGACAACUCUGCCCGCCAUGCCUCUCCACUACUAGUAGUUUUUACUUCUGUCGCGUCGCGGUGGCGGCGUAGCCGCUGAGAAGCGAAUGGGGUUGCGAAGACGGCCGCGGGGACGAUGGUCCAGAGCGCCGCGUGGAAGCGACGACGACACUGAGGUGUCGCUGACGCUGCGAAUGGGAAAUGAUGAUUGCCAGCUCGAGUGCUGCAGGACUGUGAGGCAGCUUGGAGUCGAGAAGACAUCGUGCCUUUUGCUUGCUUGACUCUCAGUGUCGAGUGUGACCAAUCGGAGACCAACAUCAUAUCCUUAUCGUUCCCCUCCAUGUACCUCACAGGCCCCCUCCCACCCUCCAUUGGCACUCUCACUGCUCUCACCUCUCUGGACCUGUCAGGCAAUGGCUAUCUUCGAGGCCCCAUUCCUUCCAAUUUCAGCCGCCUGUCUCGGCUGCAAGUCCUAGAUUUGUCCCUCAAUAAGCUGAACGGGUCGCUGGAUGCGGUGAAAGCAAUGACCAGCCUGCGUGACUUAAAGCUGAAUGGUAACAACUUCAAGGCGAUUCUUCCUCCAUCAUUUUCAACCCUCACCGCUCUUACAUAUAUAGACCUGUCUUACAACAAGUUCAUCACGGGACACGCAUCGCAACUUCUACAUCUCACUCAUGUGAAAGUUCUGGGCUUGCGUGGCUGCUCGUUGACUGGAAUCUUUCCUGAGCGCAUUGGUCAGCUGACUAAGCUUCAAACCCUAAGCCUUUCUAAUCUGAAUGGAAGCCUACCAACAAGUCUGAGUCGAUUAGUCAAUCUACAAGACUUGUCUUUGACAGAAAACUUCUUCACAGGGUCCCUUCCAGAAUCAUUGACCAUCUUAUCGAAUUUGGAGCGUUUGAAAUUAAGAACCAGCCAACUCUUAGGAACACUCCCUUCUUCACUAGGGAGCCUGACAAAACUAACGCAUCUGGACCUGAGUCAAAAUAUGUUCUCGGGGUUGCUUCCUGCAUCAUUUGGAAACUUGAUAAAUCUCGAUUACUUGAUAUUGUUGUCCAACGACCUCUCAGGGACCGUCCCGGCAUCGCUUGGUUUCCUGGCCAAGCUAACGUAUUUGGAGCUGUAUGGAAACGCGUUCUCGGGUUUUCUUCCUGCAUCACUUGGAAACAUCACAACUCUUGAAACAUUGUACUAUCCAAGCACGCUGGCGUGCCCCAGCAAGGGAGGCGCGUGUGUGGUGGACCAGAAGAACGGCACGCAGUUCUGCAAGAGCUGCCCCGACUUCUGCUCCUCCUGCUCUUCUCCAGGCCUCUGUUCUGUGUGCAAAACACCAGUGCAAACUAACACCUCACGAAACUCCACCGCCUCGAGCCCUCCUACCUCUCCUCCAAGCCCUCCCAUCCCUCCGAGCUCUUCCGCUUCCAGCUCGAGCCCGUCCAGCGCCACAUCAGACCCGGGCGGCUUGUCUGCAGGGGCCAUUGCCGGCAUUGCUGCUGCCCUGCUGCUGCUGCUGCUGGCAGCUGCUGGUGGUGUGGCUUGGUGGUGGUACAGGAGGAAGUCCUUAUCAACAAGUAAAGGAGUCACGGGGUUGCUCCCUGGGGAGGUGUGCCGGGAGUAUCCACUAGCGCAGGUGUGCAGGGCGACUGGCAACUGGAGUGAGGAGAAUCUGGUGGGCUCGGGUGGCUUUGGUGAUGUGUACCGGGGGGUGUCUCCAGAUGAUGGCACCACUUUGUGGGCUGUGAAGCGCGCUAAAGUCAUCACCAACGACUUCCACAACGAGGUGACCCAGAUGGCCACCAAGCACCACCCCAACCUCGUUCGGCUGCUGGGUUACUCCAUGGGGGGCAAUGUGCGAUCGCGCAUAGAACAGGUUCUCAUCUACGAGUUUGUGCCCAAUGGAGACCUGCUCAACUGGGUUGGAAACGAUGCACCAACUCCUCUCACGCUGCAGCAGCGCCUGGACAUUCUCAUUGGCUCGGCUCACGGCUUUGAGUAUCUCCAUAGCUUUGGCAUCGUGCAUCGCGACAUCAAGCCGGCCAACAUUCUUUUGGAUGAUAAGAUGCAGGCAAAGAUUGCAGACUUUGGGCUCGUGAGGCUGGGCGAGGGAACCACUGUGGGCACCACAAGGGUGAUGGGCACUCCGGGAUUUGUGGACCCGGCAUACUCAUCAGCAAAGAUGGCCACAUGGAGCGCUGAUGUGUACAGCUUUGGCGUUCUGAUGCUUGUGGUGCUGACGGGGCGCAAUGUCACGUUCAAAGAUGAUGGAGAAAUAAGCAGUAUCGUGGAUUGGGCCGAAAAACACAUCUCAAACGAAGAUGCCUUAUCCCUAGGGGACCCGUGCAUGGAGGCCCCUGGCGAUGUCAUCCUGCGCAUCGCUCACAUGGCCAUCAGCUGCACUGCCAAGCUCACUGCUACGCGCCCCAGCAUGGCGCGCUUGGCGAAUGACCUGGAGGCUAUCAGGGCGGAGGUGGUGGGGGAGGAAGUGGACCGUGCAGCCUUGAAGGUGGAUGAGGUGGUGCAGCAGCUUAACGAGGGGGAGAAGAUGAGGCCACUGGAUGAGGAGUUAUCCAUUGUGCAGGGGAUGGUGGGUGGCAAUACCGAGUCGACUCUAGGGUCUCAGACUGGACUGGAGAUGUAACCGUUGCAAAACGAUGGCCCGGUGCUAGGACGGAAUGGUGCCAUGCCAAGCCAAUAAAGAAGUGAGCUGUAGGCAUCGCCCUUUUUAUCGCAAACUCCCGUCUAAAGGAUCCCAUGGAUUUUACAAAUGUUGGGCUGAGAAAUAGCCCUUAGGAUCUUUCCAGAGACUAAGUCCAGUUGUAAAAGGAGACUUGAGUAGUGCAGCGGAAGUUGAGUAGUUGAACCCUUGUACUAGUAUGUGAGAACAAG